UUCAGGUCUGUAUGAGUGCCAUGAGGAACAGAAGAAAUGGAACCUUUGAGAGUUCCAAACUCCUUUACUCCAGUAUGUCUCGAAGCACAGACGUAUCAUACAAUGAUAGUGAUUUGGCCAACUUCAUUCAGGAAAAUUUUAAAAGGAGAGAAUGUGUUGUCUUCACAAAAGAUACAAAGUCCAUGGACAAUAUGUGUAAAUGUGGAUAUUUGCAAAGCCAGCAUAUAGAAGGCACUGAGGUCAAUAAGAAUGAGAAAUGGAAUUAUAAGAAACACACAAAGGAACUCCCUACUAAUGCCUUUGGGGACAUUCAGUUUGAAAAUAUGGGGAAAAAAGGAAAGUACAUACGUUUAUCAUGUGACACAGACUCUGAAACGCUCUAUGAGCUGAUGACUCAGCAUUGGCACCUGAAAACUCCCAACCUUGUUAUCUCAGUCACAGGGGGAGCAAAAAAUUUUGCACUGAAGCCACGGAUGCGCAAGAUAUUUAGCAGGCUAAUCUUCAUUGCCCAGUCCAAAGGAGCUUGGAUUUUCACAGGAGGUACUCACUACGGACUGAUGAAAUACAUUGGGGAAGUGGUGAGGGACAACACCAUCAGUAGGACUUCCGAGGAGAAUGUGGUAGCUAUCGGCAUAGCUGCCUGGGGCAUGAUUUCCAACAGAGAAACUCUGAUCAGAAGCAGCAAUAACAACGAGUAUUAUUUAGCUCACUAUAUAAUGGAUGACCUUAAGAGAGACCCACUGUAUUGCCUGGACAAUAAUCAUACCCAUCUGUUACUGGUUGAUAAUGGCACCCAUGGAUGCCCAGCAACAGAGGCUAAGUUACGGGCUCAGUUAGAAAAAUACAUUUCAGAACGUGUUAUCCCAGAUUCUAAUUAUGGUGGGAAGACUCCAAUUGUGUGCUUUGUCCAAGGAGGAGGGAGGGAAACUUUGAAAGCUAUCAAUGUUGCUGUCAAGAGUAAAAUCCCCUGUAUAGUAGUGGAGGGUUCAGGUCAGAUUGCAGAUGUAAUAGCAAGCCUAAUGGAGGUGGAAGGUUCUCUGUCGUCUUCAUGUGUCAAGGAAGGCCUGCUGAGAUAUCUGCCUCGUACUGUGUCAAGACUCUCGGAAGAGGAGACUGAAAGCUGGAUCAAAUGGACCAAGGAAGUCCUUGAAAACCCACAUUUACUUACUGUUAUUAAAAUAGAAGAAGCAGGAGAUGAAAUUGUGAGCAAUGCCAUUUCAUUUGCUCUAUAUAAAGCCUUCAGCACCAAUGAACAUGAUAAAGAUAACUGGAAUGGGCAGCUCAAGUUGCUUCUUGAGUGGAACGAGCUGGACCUGGCCAACGAUGAGAUCUUCACCAAUGACCGACAUUGGGAGUCUGCUGACCUUCAGGAUGUCAUGUUCAUGGCCCUAGUAAAGGACAGGCCCAAAUUUGUCCGUCUCUUCCUGGAAAAUGGGUUGAAUUUGAGGAAGUUUCUCACUAAUGAGGUCCUUACAGAGCUGUACACCAACAACUUUAGCAGCCUGGUGUUUAAGAACUUGCAGAUUGCUAAGAACUCUUACAAUGAUUCACUUCUUACAUUCGUGUGGAAGAUGGUUGAAGACUUCCGAAGAGUCCUUAAAAGAGAGGACAAGAACAGCAAGGAUGAGACAGAGAUAGAGUUCUCAGAUGGGUCUCCAGUCACAAGACACCCUUUGCAAGCUCUCUUUAUCUGGUCAGUUCUUCAGAAUAAGAGGGAGUUAUCCAAAGUCCUUUGGGAACAGACCAGGGGCUGCACUUUGGCAGCACUAGGUGCCAGUAAGCUACUAAAAAGCUUGGCUAAAGUGAAGAAUGACAUUAAUGCUGCUGGAGAGUCUGAGGAGCUGGCCAAUGAAUAUGAAACUAGAGCAGUAGAGCUGUUCACUGAAUGUUACAGCAGUGAUGAAGAUCUGGCAGAGCAGCUGCUGACCUACUCCUGUGACGCCUGGGGUGGAAGCAGUUGUCUAGAACUUGCAGUGGAAGCUAAAGAUCAACAGUUCAUUGCACAGCCAGGAGUCCAGAAUUUCCUUUCCAAGCAGUGGUAUGGAGAGAUCUCAAGAGACACCAAGAACUGGAAGAUUAUAUUGUGUCUUUUCCUUUUCCCUUUAAUUGGCUGUGGGUUCAUUUCCUUCAGGAAAAAGCCUAUGGAGAAGAGUAAGAAGCUCAUCUUGUAUUAUUUAUCAUUCUUCACUUCCCCAUUUGUGGUUUUCUCCUGGACUGUCAUUUUCUACAUCAUGUUCCUGCUGCUUUUUGCUUAUGUCCUGCUUAUGGAUUUCCAGAAGGAACCCACUGUGCUGGAGGAGCUACUUUAUGUUCUGGUCUUCAUCCUGCUUUGUGAUGAAGUGAGACAAUGGUACAUGAAUGGGAGUAAAUAUUUCUUAGACCUAUGGAAUGUCAUGGAUACACUUGGCAUUUUUUACUUCAUUGCAGGAAUGGUGUUCAGGCUCCACUCCUCCAAUGAAAGCUCUUUGUAUUCUGGAAAAGUCAUUUUUUGCCUGGACUACAUAAUUUUUACUCUAAGACUGGUCCACAUUUUCACAGUUAGUAGGAAUCUGGGACCAAAAAUUAUUAUGCUGCAGAGGAUGAUGGUUGAUGUUUUCUUCUUCCUUUUCCUCUUUGCUGUGUGGAUGGUUGCCUUUGGUGUGGCCAGGCAAGGAAUUCUGAGAAAGAAUGAGCACCGUUGGGAGUGGAUAUUUCGAUCUGUCAUCUAUGAGCCAUACCUGGCUAUGUUUGGGCAGUACCCUGAUGAUAUUGACGGUACCACAUAUAAUUUUGAUCGAUGCACCGUCUCUGGGAAUGAGUCUAAACCUUUAUGUGUGGAGGUGGAUGCCAAUAACCGACCCCUUUUUCCUGAGUGGAUCACUAUUCCAUUGGUGUGCAUCUACAUGCUUUCGACCAACAUCCUCCUAGUGAACCUGCUGGUUGCCAUGUUUGGGUACACCGUUGGAUCAGUACAAGAAAACAAUGAUCAAGUGUGGAAGUUCCAGCGAUAUUUCUUGGUUCAAGAGUACUGUAAUCGUUUGACUAUUCCAUUUCCUUUUGUCAUCUUUGCCUACAUCUACAUGGUGAUGAAGAAAUGUUUUAAAUACUGCUGUAAAAAGGAAAGCAAAGAGCUCUCUGUUUGUUGCUUAAAAUAUGAGGACAAUGAGAUUCUCUCAUGGGAAGCUGUCAUGAAAGAAAAUUACCUUGUCAAAAUCAAUACCAAAGCAAAUGAUUCAUCAGAGGAGAUGGAACAUCGAUUUAGACAACUGGAUGCAAAGCUCAGUGAUCUGAAGGGUCUUCUGAAAGAGAUCACCACCAAAAUCAAGUGACAACAACCUGAAUCCAGAUGAAGCCCACUUCAGCAGUGUACUGAAUUACUCCUUGGAGAAGUAUUAAAGAGGAAUGGAUCCAACAACAAACGGAGGUGCCUAAUAAUGAGUUGGCAUGAUUCUUGGUGCUUUAAAAAUCUCUUUUCUAUCUAUGCUUCUGAAAGAUUCGGGCCUCAGCUUUUUAUUCACACUGUUGUCUUACAUGAAAGCAGCAAAGAAUUGAGGGAUAUUUCUCUUCCUGAUGCUUCACACUGCUUUGUGUAUGCAUCUGUCUUGUGACACCUUGUAAGUUCUCUCUUCCUGUGACACCACCUUGUGGUGGUGUGGAUGUUCUUGUAGACACUUUUUGACAAAUAAUUAACUUCUAAUGUAGGAGGCUUGAUGGUCCUUGCUCUUUCAGUUCUAUAUUUGUCUCAUUUAUUGCCUGUUUUCCAGGUCCUUAAGGUCUGUUGUUAGCAGCUGCUUCUAGGGAACAUCCCUAAUUUUGCCUUCUCUUGCUACGGCCAAAGCCCAUUUACCUUUGAAUCUUAUGAGCACAUAACUUGACAGUAAUAUCAGCUAGGCACCAUUGUUGCUUUUCUUAGUGAGAAUCUUCAAUGAUCCUUCCUUUCCCAUGCCUUGUUUGCUACUCACAUAGUGUAUUUACAAACAAUGACCACAUUUUCAACACUGGCAUAUAAGAAUGCAAGAUUUUGUCUCAACAUCUCUAAUGGGAAGCAUGACUUAUUUCUUGGAUUCCUAGAUAAUGAUAGUGAUUUCUGAACAGGUUAUGAGGCUGCAUAUUGUAGUCCAGUUCCUGACUAUCUAUACCAAAACGUUGAAGAGAUGAAGUGAAAGGGCAAGUUAUUUCUAAAGAGCUCAGGUAGAAGUGCUGCUUUUAGCUUCAAUGAUAUUUUAAAUGCCCGGGAUGUUGAAAUUGGUUCUAAAAUGUUCACAUUUUUGUAAUUUUUUUUUCUGUUCUGAAUCUUUAACGUGUAAGAAAGUUUAUCGCUCUUUAAACUUUAAUCCUUAUUAGAUCAGGCAGUUGAAUGCAGCAGUUAAGUUAGCUUAAUAGAAAAGACGAUGCAAUUAGACAUCACAUAAAAGGGCAUUAGGUCUUUGGGAAGAACAUUUGUGUUCUCCAAUCCAAUCCAGGCCUGUUUCCACUAGCUAAAAUACAGAAAUUAAUCUGACCAUAACUUUGAACCAAAGCAAAUAGCUCAGACUUCUAAGUGGUUAUUUCAGUCUCUGGGCUUGGUCAUAAAUGCUGGUGUUGAAACAAUGAAAAGCAGUGUGUAUUAAAAGGUGUGCCUUUGAAAAAAAAAUCAGUCCUUUGAUAAAUUGUGUUGUAUGCUUUCCUUAUUUUACUAGCUUGUGUUUUAUUUGGAACAAAUGCUUUUGCUUUGACUCUCAAUAGCAGGAAAAUUAUUAAAAGAACACUAGUCCAGGUUCAAAAGCUGGACUCUUGUUGAAAACAAUGGAGACUGAUUAGCAUGGUGUUCAUUUAUUAUCCUAAACAUCAUUGCAAUACAGAAAAUCAUCUUGAAGUUAGUAUUAGACUGUUGCUGACCAUUGUAUGAGAUGUGUACAUAUCUGGCCAUCAUAAUACAAUAGUAUUUUUCUGUAAGCUUCCAAACUGUGCUGCUGAUCAUAUAGAUACACUAUUGUUGUUUGUUCCUGUAUUAGUGAUAUAAGUCUGCCAAGCUGUAGCAAAUUCCCAGAUUUGCAAGUCAGUUUCCCACAGAAGAGAUAUCUAUGAUAUUGGAGACUGCUUAUGUUCUAAGUAUAAUCUGCUUUAUUUAUAUUUCACUAGUCCUGCCUGAAGCAAAAUGAUCAAACAGCAUGCAGAGCAGAAGCAAGUUACAUCCCAGUAAUUGGCAUAUUUCACAAUGCAUUAUCAUGUGGAUAUCCUGAAUCUUUGACUGGAGACAUUUUUGCUUUUGCUGUAGUCUUCCACUGAGGGGAUAAAUGGCAGUGAGCCCAUCCCCACUUCUCAGUUUGCUCUCAGCUAUGGAGUUCUGAAGGUCAUUGACUGAGAAAUAGGGGAAAGAGGGUAUGAGGACAAUAUAUCUCUAAGAACUCCAGUUAUUGGUUAAUAAUUUCCUUUUCUAUAUUGAGUUGUUAUCCACACAUACAUUCUUACAUGUGGGAGAUUCCAAACCUAUGCCCACAAAUACUUGGAGGUUGAGUCCAAGUCCUAUAGGCAAGCAGAAAUUGGACUACUGCUCAAACCAAAGGCAGUUUCCCUACUUGAGGCUUCCCCCAUAUUGUAGUACUUAGUAAAGGUAAGGAUUAAGGUCCAUGUUGUUGCUCAUAGAUGUCCCCUUUAGGAAUUCCACAUUAAGAAGUAAUGGAUGUAGAUUGCAUCCUGAUGGAGUAGGCUCAAAUUAAAGCAAGUGGCUUCACCUUGAAAGUCUCAUAUUGAAGUUAACACAACCUGAGAUCCAACCUGACAGCCUUGGGGAGGAAAUAACUGUGGCUUUAGAUCUUUCAGCUUCGGUUAUUCAUAAAAGCAGAGUUUUUUUUCUUUAAAUAUUCGGUACUGUGCAAAUGAAGGGCUAGGACCCUCUUGACUUUAAGGGUAUGUGGAGAAACCUUGGUUCAAGAGGUAUACAGCUUUGGGAAAAAGAUGAGCAGGGUAAUCUGCCUUCUCUUGUGGAAUUCAGGGACUACUUUCAGCAAAAAUUUAGGAUGAGUUUGCAAUACCACCUUGUCUGGAUAGAAAGUAGUGUAAUCUCCUACUCUUUUUAUCUAAGUAACUGGCAACAAAAUUAUCAUUUUCCUGUGGAGAUGGAGGAAGGAAUAUGAUGUUGUCAACUUGAAGAAUGGCCACAUUAAAGAUCCAAAGACCAAGUCUAAGUCACACUCUGAGAAUGGCUCUUUAAUAUUGUGGGGAAGGGGAGAAUUUGGCUACGAUCUUGAGAAACUUGAGUGUAUUAGGAUGACAAAAUAUGGCCCAGUCUUUAGUAUAUGGAUGUUGGCUGAAAUAACUACCGCAUGGACCCUUAUUGAGCUGAAGACAGGUCUACAGUCCUCAAUUCCAGCAUAUAAUCCAGGAUAGAUGUAACAAAGGAUAGAGUUGCUGAAUGACCUUAUUGCAGGAGACUGCUGUAUAAAGGUAACAAGGUGGCAUGAUGGCAUUGUUUAUAGGAAAGAAUAUUAUUGAUAACUUAGGUGGUUGUAAAAUGUUUGCCAGUGAAUGACUUAGGGUCUCAGUGAUUGCUUUUGGGGACAGUUGAAUAUUUUUUUACAAGGUAUAUAGGAAGAUCUUGGAAACCACCAGAUUUAUCAGCCAAAGGGAUGAGCAGAGGAGAACAAUGCCAGAAGAAGAUUUCCUAAUUUUUUCUUACAGCAACAAUGCAACUGGAGGGAAGGAACAACCCAUGGCCUAUGAUGGAGGAUGAGCUAAAGGACUCUUGAAGACAGGGCAAGUGCAAUUUUGAGUUACCAGAAUGGUGAGCAUUUUUCUGGAUUCUUCAGGACAAGACUAUCAUAAAGAUGAAGGCUAAAGGAGAUAAUAAUUGCUUAGUCCCAUAAAUAUUUCCAAAAUCCUCUGAAACAAUUUAAAAGACAAAAGAUUAAAGAUUAAACAAGGAGUUGCAAAUGCUGAUAACUGUAUCAGUUAGGUAGGUUGUGUUACGGAAACUAUGUGGUACCUGCCAGCACACUAUGUACAUUUGGAUCUUGCUAUGGUUUGAAGUCAGUCUGGUGACUGAGAUAAGGGAUAUAGAUAGCUGUGGAACUGAUUAUACUAUGAACAAGAUGCUUUCAUUUCUGUUUCCAUUAUAUGGGUUCACAUAGUGGUUAUACAAGGUCUAUCAGAGUAGAAAAUGAGGUUUGGUUUGAUUUAGUAAGUUGAGACUGAACUAACAGGAGCACUUUGGGGGUUACCUGAGAAAGCAAGCAUGACUUGGGCUGUUUGGGGGUUAAUGUAGUACACUGAACUGAAUGGUUAAUGUAGUACACUGAAGUGGCUGACCUCAAGUUUAUAUCCUGACCUGUCUCUACAAAUAAGAUUUGGAACAUGGUCUGCAUAUUGGAAAUAAUAGUGAUUGAAGAUUCAGCUGGUGUUGUGUGGAACGGGCUGUAUUCAAUCUGGAUUCAGAUUUGGCCUGAAUUGGGGAAAGUGAUUCAAUUCGUUGAUUUGGAUCACUGUCCCAGUUUGAUUCGGCUGAAUCCAAACCUGAAGAUUCGAUUGUUGAGUCAGAGAAUCAGCUUUCUGGCCAUAGACACAGCUUUAACUGUUUUUUCUACAUACCUCGAAGUACCAGGCACAGCUCAUGAAUGCUGUGAUGCUGGGGCAGAUGGAGCAUCCCACAGGUGUGCAGGGUGGGGGGGGGGGGGCGGGGGCCUGUGUGUUUAGCAGCAAACCUGGAAGUGGUUUGGAAAUACUUCUGGACCACUUCUGGGUCUGCAAUUGAGCGUGCAGGGGCCCCCUCCCACACCCCCCGGCUGGGCAUUUGGCUGUGUGGGGACUCUGGGUGCCCCCCCAGACCCAGGAGGCACCAGUCGCCAAGCCAGGAGGGCAUGGGGGAGCACCCCCCUGGCUCCCUGGCGGACCCAGAAGCGGACCAGAAGUGCUUCUGGUCCACUUCUGGGUCCACUGCAAAGCACGCUGGGGACCCACCCAUGCUCCCAUGGGAUGCUUCAUCCACUCCAGCAUCUCAGCAUUCACGAGUCGCCUGGUACCUUGAGGUACAUAGACACAGCUUUAAAUGUUUUUUUCUAUGUCUGAAUCAUUGAAUCUUUCUGAAUCUCCCCGAAUUGAUUCGGAGGGUUCCGAUUUGAUUCAGAGAGAUUAAAGGGUCUCCUGAUUUGAUUUGGAUUCAGAAAUUAAUCCACUGAAAUGGGCUGAAUCUCUGCCAAAUCGAAUCAGUGACUGAAGCUUCGCAUAGUCCUAAUGCUGAAUGCCACUGUUUGGCAUGAAAGUACUGCUGAUUGUGGGAUCUACUGAUGUAGCAUCUAAAAGUUUAAAGGAAGGGCAUUACCUUGUGCAACAGCAGAGUUGUUUGUUAGUAUUGUAGUGAUGCAAAGAGCAAAAUAAAUCCAAGUGAUAUGUUCUUUUCUGGAAGGGUUCCUUUUAAAUAUGAUACCGCGUUUAGCAAGCAUGGUGUGGUUUCUUUUUCACUCUACCUUUAUGCUAUAUGUUCUAAGUAUGCUCAAAAGACCCUAUACAAAUACUGUUUCCUCAAACUAGUGCUGUGUUCAGCUCAAUGAAGAAGGCUGCUGAGUAGAUUUUCUAGAGUAGGAGAUGCACAUUGCCUUUUGCAAUAUACCCUUUUCAGUAUACCCUGUUUUAUCUGCUACCCGAAUUGUCCUUAUGUAGUGUAACAAGUCGAUCACAAUUUGUUAUAGCAUCAUUACAUUAUAGGUCAUUAUUCUUCAGUGAAACAUAAGAUUUCAACAUUUGUGUGUUCGUUAAGGGCUUAAUCAUAUUCUCGCUAACUUCAAUGGAAGUUGGGGUGGGUCCUAAAUGACUAGGAUAUGUUUAUUUUGCAGAAAUUGAUUUUUUUCUCAUUUGUCUUUGUAUAUAAUACAGAAUCUCUGUUAUACAUAAUACUUGUAACAUAUUUCAUGCUAGUUGUAAUGAUGCUAUUCCCUUGUGUGCUGGAUAUAUCUGUGGGCCAUGUCUUAAAAAAUCAAAUUCACCUUUAAGAAUUAAACCUGUGUGUACCAAUAAUUAAACAAUGUGUUAACUCU